GAUAGCGAUGAGGUUAGCUGUGCUUUGCAUGUGCGGAACCCUGCUGGCCAUCUCCAUGACCCCUGGGAACUAUGCAAACCCCAGCGAGGGAACCUUCCAGUGGGGUACAGAAUCUGGGAGCUGCCUGGUAACUCUAAAGCCUGCAGGGAAGUGUGGGGGAGAGGGGAUAGAAGAGGACGCAUGCCCCUACCGAUUUAUCCUGCCACCGCUGGACAUCAUGCUGCCCUGGCAGCUCAGGGAGUUGGAGAGGACGGUGAAGGAGGUGCAAAGGCUAAAGGAGACUGUGGAGCAGCUGAAGAGAGCCUGCAUGGAGUGCAAGAUGAGCCAGAGGGAGAGGGAGCGAGAGAGAUUGGGGGACAGAAAGAGGGAGAAGGAGAAAGAAGAGAAUGAGAAGGUGAGAUUGGGAGACAGAGAGAGGGAGAAUGAGAAAGAGGGGGAGAAGGAGGGGGAGAAGAAGACGGAGAGACAAGGGGACAGAGAAAGGAAGAUGGAGAUGGAGGAGGAGGGAGAGGGGGCAAGGGAGAGAAAAAUUGUGGAAGAGAGAGACGGAGUGGAAGAAAGGGCCAUGGAAAAUGAGAUAAAUAUUGUAGAGGAGAGAAAGAGAGAACGGGAGAAAGGGUGUGAGAGCGAGUGGGAAAGGGAAAAGGAGAGCGAUAGGGAGGGAAACAGGCAAUGGGAGAUAGUGAGGGAGAGAAAAAUAAAGGACGAGACCAAGAGAGAGGAAGAGGAGGGAAGGGAGACAGAGAUGGAGAAAGAGAGAAUUUUAGAAGGGGAGAGGGGGAGAGGAGGUGAGAUAGAGAAAGACAGGGGGAGUGAAAAUGAAAGAGAGAGGUUAUGGGAAACAAAGAUGCAAACUGAGAAGGAGAGUCAGGGGGAUAAGGUAAGGAAGAAGGAGCUGGAGACUGAGAAAAUGUGUGAGGGGGGUAGAGAGAAAGAGGAGGAGAGAGGGAGGGGAAAUAGAGAAGACAUCCAGGAGAAGGAAGAACAUCCGGUGGUGACAGAGAGGGAGAGGAGGGGAAGAUAGAGAAGGAGAGGAAGAGUCAACAUCCUUGGCAAGGGAAGGAGAAAAAUAAGGAGAAAAAGACCCAAGGAGAGAAAGAAUGGCAGAAGGAGAAAAAGAGAGAGAAGCAAACCCAGAGCAAUGGACAAAUAGAAGAAAAGAAAGAGAGUGAUCGAGAAGAGACAAGGAAGAAGAUAGAGAAAGAGGUAGAAAAAACAGUCCAAAGUGUGCAGAGCGAAAGCAUAGGGGCGGUGAUGACAGAUGGGUCAAGUGAUGAUCAGGACACGGCCUCACCUAGCCCAAGCACUGGUUUUAAACAUGACUCAAUCCCCAGACCUGACUCCUCAGGACCAGACCAAACAUCCAACUCCAUCUCAGGACCUGGCACCAAUCCCAGCCCAGGAUCUAGCUCAGACACCAGCCGUGGAUAUAUUCCAAGUCCUUCCUCCAGCUCAACCUCUAGCCCCAGAUCUUCUUCCAUCUCCAGCACAAGAACAAGCUCAAGCCUUAACACAAGCUCCAGUCAAAGGACCAUCUCCUCUUUACCUCGCCAGGGAGCCACCAGGUCUGACCCCAUCACAACCCCAAGUUCAGGCACCAGCUACAGGACUGCCAGAACCAGCCCAAGUAUCACAACAAGCGCAAACCAAACAACCAUCAGCUCAUCAAAAAUGACUACUAGCCCAAGAAACAGACCUGUCCAGAAGCACAAGCCCAACCAAGCUAACCAGGCCAUCAGACCCAGACUUAAGCCCAGACCACCCAGCUCGACUAGCUCCUCCAGUUCAACGACCAGCUUCACUAGCCUCAGCUCAUGGACCACCACCAUCAGCUCCAGCCCUGCAUGGACAAGGACUAAACCAGGCCAAAAGCCUAUUCCAGCCCUAAGACCUAAACCUGGACCAAAACAAAAGCCUGUCCUAAAGACAAGCCCACCCAACCCAACCAGCUCCUCCAGCUUCAACUCUAAGAUCACUCUCAGAACUGGCUCAACUUCAACCACCACCUGUAGUCUUAGCCCUGGGAUCAGCUUUACAAGACCCAGUCUACAGUCCACUAAGACAAAUACCAGCCAAAUCAGCACCAUGCCGGGACACUCUUCAGCCACCACCACAAGUCCUAGCUCAAAGAUUACCAGCUCAAGCUACAGGACCACUAGUUCCAGCCCUGGGGCCAGCACUAGCAGUAGCCCAACUCCAGGAACUACAACCACCGCUAGACCUAGCCAAAGGACCACCAGUCCAAGCUCCAGAAUUAGGUCCUGGUGGACCCCCAGACCUGGCCUAAAGCCAAAACCAGGCACAAGGCCUAUUCCAGGCCCCAGACCCAAACCUGGACCAAAACCAAAGCCUGUCCUGAAGCUCAGACCAUCAAGACCAACUGGCUCCUCCAGCUCCAUUCCAGAGACCAAUCCCAGAACUGGUUCAACUCCAGCCACCACCUCUAACCUUAGCCCAAAGACCACCAGUCCAAGCUCCAGGACUACCAGCUCCAGCCCUGGGAUUAGCUUUACCCCCAGUCCAGGCAGUCUCAGCAGAACCACACCAAGUCAAUCUCCAGCAAUCACAACCACCACUAGCUCUAGCUCAAAGAUCACCAGUUCAAGGAUCCGGUCAGGCUCUUUCAGCUCAAGUAUCAUCACACUAAGCCAUACUCCAGCAACAAAAACCACCACUAGCCCCAGCUCAAUGACCAGCUUCACUAGCCUCAGCUCAAGGACCACCAGUACCAGCAUAAGUCCUGAGACAAAGUCUGCACAACAUCCUGAACCCAGCUCAACAAUCCCCAGACUUAGCAUUAAGCCCAAACCCAGGCUAAAACCCAAACCAGACCAAAAGCCCAAACCAGGCCCAAGGCCUAUUCCAGGUCCAAGACCUGGACCAAAGCUUAAACCUGUCCUGAAGCCCAGAACUGCUCCAAAGCUCUGGCCCAAAACCACCACCCAAGGUCGAAGGACCACUUCCCCCACACCUAGCACCAAGACAUCUACUAGCUCAAGCCAAAGGACCAUGACUGACCCCAGCCCACAAAUGACCACAAGCCCUGGCUCAAGAACUACAAGACCUAACCAACAAACUACCCUCAGCUCUAGCUCAAAAAACAUAUUUAACACUAGCUGGAAAACAACCAUUAGCCCUGGCACAAUGACCACCACGUUCGCCAGUCUAAAAUGUAAGACCAGCUCAAGCCAACAGACUAGCAUAAGCCGUAGCCCCAAAACUACCACUACUAAACCCAUUCCAUUGGCCAACUCUACCCAUAGUCCUACUACCACCAACCCUGAGUCCACUACCCCCAGCCCCAUACCUGGGUCUUCCACCCCCAGUGUGAGAGAACUUCGUGUGAAGACCAGCCGGGUAUCUGCUAGUCUGAAUGACACAAAGGACACAAGUGGGGGGCCAAAGGUUUUACAAAGAGGGCACCCAAAGGUCCGUCCUGGGCUAAACCUGCUCAUGGAGAAGGACCAGGUAGGCAGCAAGACUGACAGAACAGGGAACCAGCCUCAAAGCCUUGCACAGACUUCAUCAGGAGGUAAGAUAAAUCGAUUUUACUUUACCUGCUAUUGUCUGCUAUUUAAAUGGAAUUAUGAUAAUUACAUUGUAAUUGAUAAUUACAUACAGUUUAGAUUGAACUUAACUUUGAUUAAUGUGCACUGUCCCUGUAAAAAUAAAAAUAAACUCAAACUCAAACUUUCUUAAGGGUUCACUGAAUCAAGCCAUAUUAUGUACCAUUUGUUACCAGGUAGGCUAUAGUAGAUACCAAAUGUGUUGACUUAUUCAUAGUUUGAUUACAUUUUUUUGUAAACUUUAUAGAAUCGUGCUAUACAGAUAUGGCGAUUACAAAUUCAGAAUACUGUAUACAAAAACCCUAUUCCUAUUCUCAGCAGUUAAGAGAAAUUAUAAACUUUUAUUGACAAUCAUUGCAAAGGUAUUCAAUACCUUUUGAACAACAAGGGCUGUUAAAUAUUAAUGGUGUUUUCCUUGUUUACCAUUUUGUUCUUCCUGGUUGACCCUUCAAAGCCCAGUGAAAAUUAGGUUGGAGAAAGAGAAAAAGAGUGUAGGCUAAGUUAUGGCAGAUAACAAUGGAAAUUGUGACUGUAAAAUAUAUUGAACAAUGUUGUUCUUGAAAAAAUAAAAUGUUUAACUUUAAAGUCCAAGCGACCUAAGGUGAUGUUUAAUGAGCCAAUUACAAUGUGGCGAAGGUUUGAGAUCAUCAUCUUUAUAUGUAUGAGCAUGUGCGUGUCUGUGAGUGUGUGUGGCUUAAGUAGGGAUCAAGGGACAGCUGUGCAGAGCGUCCUUUGAGGUCAUAGUCAGCUUAAACACACAUUGUUAGUGCUGAGUGGCACAUCUAUCAAAUAAUGCAUGAAGUGUCACACAAAGCUAAUGCUAGCUUCUGUUAAUGUACGAGGCCACUUUAAGCCAAUCACCUGAUUUCUUACAGACUUAACAACUAUAAUUGACAUUUAACUUAAAUCUGUAGGUUUGUUCUCUUAACAAGUCCAAGGGACAUGCCUGAUUCCUAGACUUGUAAUUUAUGGUGACAGAGAAAUCCUAACUAUUUCAGCAUGAUACAAUCCUAUUCUAGUCUUGUGUGUAUAGUUUCAAAUGUGCGAAAUAUUAAAUGUUUUCAUUUAUUCAACAUUUUACUGCAGUGGGCUAAAUCAGGGUCAUACAGAGUGAUUAUUUGUAGUCUUAAACAAAUCUACGUUUAAACGAAAGUAUACACCUCACACACAAGGUUAUGGGCUUAAAAAAAAGAAGAUGCCUGUACCAUGUCAGAUAUAGAGUUGAAAUGUAUUCCAUUUUGAGUUUGCAUCCCAAUAUUACACUUUAUAUACAUCACAGAAGACUGAAAUACAACAAAACUGUUUGACAUAGAAACACAGCAUUUUCAUCUAGUUUUUUAAAUAUUAAUAACGUUCCACCCAUGAGGCCAAAGAGGGCGCUUUUGGUCAUUGACUGGAGGAAAUGAACCAGGUUAGUCUCUGUAGGCCUACAGUAAGAACAUUUCUGUUUGUGUUACACGCCAAGGCACCUUUUUGUCAGAAAGGAUGACAGACUACUCUAAUCUUAUUUUCUCAUUCCACUUUCCUUCCACUCAACAGUUACCAUGGCACCCAGAGACUGCUCUGACCACAUGGCCAAGGGGGAGAGGAACAGCGGGGUCUACCAAGUGACCCCUGACCCUAAGAACGGAACCAUCGCAGUGUUCUGUGACAUGGAGUCUCAUGGCGGAGGGUGGACCGUCAUUCAGCUCCGUCAGGACGGCAGUGUGAACUUCAAUCGGACCUGGGCUGAAUACCGGACGGGCUUCGGUAACCUGAGGGCUGGGGAGUUCUGGCUGGGCAACGACCACAUCCACCUCCUGACUCGACACAGGGAGAUGGUCCUCAGGGUGGAGCUGGAGGACUUUAACAGAGCGAGGGAGUACGCAGAGUACAGGCUCUUCCGUGUGGCUGGCGAGCGGCUGCGGUACCGCCUGUCUGUGGGUGGGUACUCGGGCACGGCGGGAGAUGCACUUCAAUUCAGCAAGAGUUACGACCACAACAACAGGUUCUUUACGACUCCUGACAGGGACUAUGACCGCUACCCUUCAGGGAACUGUGGGGCCUACUAUGGCUCAGGCUGGUGGUUUGAUGCCUGCAUGGCUGCCAAUCUCAAUGGGAGAUAUUAUGUGGGAAAGUACAAAGGGGUGCGGAACGGGAUCUACUGGGGGACGUGGCAUAACAUAUCUACAGAGUACUACCCAACAAAUGACAGACAAUCUUUCAUGACUGUCAGAAUGAUGAUCAGGCCAAGAGGCUAUGCAAAG